AAUUUGAAAUCAGAUUUCUAGAUUUCAAGAUAUUGUAUUUUUUUACAUAAUAUUGUUUAAUAAUGAUUGUUUUUGAAAUGUAGUAGAUAUUUUCAGUUUUUCUUGAACUAUACAAGUACAUUUAUAUAUUUCGAUAUGGAGAGUCGAAGAGAUAUCAGGACAACUGCAGAAAAUGAGACUGAAAGACGGAUAUCGAAAAACCCAAGAUUUAAUUUGCAUUUAGUACAAAAGGCUACCGAACCUUCUGAUCGGCCUAUGAUUGACUGUACAAAGUUUGAGAGACUAUCUUUUUACCGCUCAUACACUUCAUCGCCAAUUAAAAUCGAAUUGGUUGUAUUAUCGCAUUUGGUUUUAAAUGACUACAUCUGGUUCUACGUGUUGAAUUUAUUUUUGAAAUCUUUACCACAUAGUUUUCUUCACUUUUUUAUGGCAUCCUAUGCGCCUGAAGAGCAUAUUUUUUUAACUAAAAUGGUCCCUGUUUGUCAUGGUUUCAAGUACUUAUUAGUAGUAGCAGCAUUCUUUGAACUCCUUUUAUAUUCCAGUAGUGUUAUUCAGCUAUUCCAUUUCUCGUUGGAUGGUUUGGCAUCCAAAAAUCCUUGGAACAGGUGUAAAAACGCUACUUAUUUUGACGUCGGAAUGAACGAAACAGUCCACUGUUACAAUUUUGAAUACUUUGGAGACAUAUUAUUCAACAAUAGUGACAUCAUUUUUGACAAAUUUAAAUUAAUUUAUGUGGAUGCAAACGGCACGCAUUUUAGUUCAAGUGUGGCAGAAUAUUACAGAACUAAUGUGAUUUUAACUACGCACUUCUCGUUUGUUCGAGACUUAAUUUAUUUCGUGAUGCUUUGGUCAGUAAUAACAUAUUUUCAUAAUUGGGCCGAAAAAAGGACAUUGUGGCGUGCACUAAAUGUAUCCCAUUGGGUAACAAUUGCUAUUGAUGUAACAGCGUUUUUAUACUUAAUAUCAGUUGAGACUCAUAAGCAUGAAAACGAGCCAGCUGCGAACUCUACAGUUUUAGCCCAACCACCCGAAUAUAGUAUCUUUAGCUUCGAAUAUUGGUCUGCUGAUGUGGAUUUGAUCGCCGAAUCUAUAAGCGCGCCACCAGUUGUCCAUAUUCUGACUGCAAGAAGUACUCAAGAGAUAAAUCCUGGAACGGAUUGCGCAACGAUGGUUAUUUCAAAUACGUUGUUAUAUUUUCUCAAAUCACUUGUAUUUUUUGAGAUCAAAACGUACGUCGAGUCUUUCGCCCAUUCGUCUAUUCAUAUGAUGGAUUUUUAUCAACGCACUUGGUUCUUCUACUGGCCUCUAUUUUAUUCACACUUCUAUUUCGGCAACGUUUAUACAAUAGUAUUCAUGUUUUGGACAGGAGUUAACGAGUUCUUAGUUAUGAUAGUGACAUAUCAUUGUUUAAUACAAACCGUGAUCUAUGAAUGGCCAAAGUUUCAACAUAGAGUUAAAAUUUGGUUUUUUAAAGUGCCGUUUGUUAUUUUAGGCGUAGUGGUUGUAAUUUUUACCAACGGAUGGUACAUAGCAAAUUUUUUUAUCGCCAGUAAAGCUUUAAUAACUGUCGUGGAAUCCGUAUUCUUGUACCUAUUGUACCCUUUAGGAAGACUUGUAGACGACUAUACAUUUCAUUACGGGACUCCACCAACCAGGUUGAGAAUUCUGAACUUAAGAUUAGUACCAGUAUACUACGCGUUCAAGUAUUACUUCAUGAUGAAUGCUACAUAUGAUGUACUGAGUCAACCAGAAGUAAAAAUAAAGAUUCCGUACUUCGUCUGGUCGUGGCCCAUUAUGGCCGUGCCAUUAUUUCUUGGCGUAUUAUGGAUAAUAUACAAGUACCUUGUAAGGCAGAGAAUGACUUGGCAGUAUAUUUUCCGCCCUAUCCCAAAAUGGGGACCGAGGGAUUUUUCUGAACGGCAACUCAGAAAGCAAUAUAGUUCUAAAUAUUACAUCAGUUCAGAAGUACCGAAACUACUGAGCCGCUAUCUAAUGUCUAAAAGGGAGUCUAAAGUAUAUAAAGUGGAUGUUCGUUACGACAUGCAAAGAAGGUCAACGGUCAGCAAGGCGGUCGGUUUUAGCGCUCCCAGUAAAAAAAAUAUGUAAUAGAACAUAUAAUUUUUAUUGUUUACGUACUUAAUUAUAUUUUAGAUUUUAAUUUUAUUCAUGAAAACGGUAACUAGUUUUAUAUAAUUCUUAAUUUUGACCUAAUUUAUAGAUCAUUGUAUUUUUGUUUUUGGGAUUUUAAAAUAUAU